AUGGGUGCCGUUGUCUCUUGCAUUACCAGCGUCUUUCACGCCAUCGGCCGCUGUCUGAUGGGCAUUGUCAAUGCCAUCGGCUCCGUCCUCCGCGCCAUCCUCGACGGCAUCAUCACCAUCUUCGAUGUCAUCAUCUCCUGCCUGACCUGCCAGGGCUGCUCCGGCCGGCGUCAUAGAAGAUCCAGAUCUGCCGUCUAA